AUGUCCCGUCUCGACGCCGUCUUCUUUGAUAUCGAUGACACUCUCUUCCCUACCUCCGAGUUCGCCCAGCGCGCGCGCUGGAACGCGGUCAAGGCGAUGGUGGCAGCGGGACUGAAUGCUUCGGAGCAGGAUGUCUACACGGAGCUGUCUGAAGUCAUCUCUGAAUUCACCUCCAACUACGGGCAGCACUUCGACCACUUGAUGAAGCGCCUGGGCCCGGACCCCACGCGGGGAACCAACCUAGCCUUGGUAAUCGCCGCCGGUGUCGUGGCAUACCACGACACCAAGUUCCAAGAGAUCGAUCCAUUUGACGAUGUGAUUCCGCUCCUCAAAGACCUUCAGCAAGCGGAUCUCUUGGUCGGUAUCAUCACCCAUGGUUGGACCGGCAAACAGGCAGAGAAACUCGUACGCCUAGGCCUCAUCCCCUACGUGGAUGCGAAUGCUAUCUACAUCUCAGAGCAGGUCGGCAUCUCCAAGCCGAACACCAAGCUGUACCUGCACGCGCUCGAGAAACACAACCUAGAACCCGAGCGCGUCAUGUACGUCGGCGACAAUCCAUCCCACGACGUCGCCCCCGCGCGAUCUGUUGGAAUGCCCACCGCCUGGUCCAGUCGAGCCGCUCGCAAGUCCCCCGCCGAGCUGGGCGUGGAAGUCGAUCACUCGAUCGCCAACUUCGAACAGUUGCGGGUGGUGUUACGUCAGCAUUACGACGUGAAGAUCUAG